AUGGCUUUAAAAUCUGAAAAACUUUUCGAAUAAAUGACUCCUUUCCUCGCUGAAAAAGGUAAGGAUUUAGUUACUAAAAUAAAAGCAGUUUAUCAUUUUUAAGUAAUGAAAACAAAAGGAGGUGAGGUUACAACUUGGACUAUUGAUUUAAAAAAUGGAAACGGAAAAGUUGUAAAAGGAGCUGAAGGAACCCCUGAUUGCACCUUCAUUUUAUUAGAUGAUGAUGUAAUAGCUUUAGCCAAUAGAACAUUAAACCCUUAAUAAGCUUUUAUGAAUGGAAAAAUGAAAAUUAAAGGAAAUAUGAGUGCUGCAACUAAAUUUACACCUGAUUUACUUCCCAUAAUGCCCAAGCUUUGAUUAUUAUAUAAU